AUGGCCACGACAGGCGUGUCCAUCACGCCUGCACCGGCCAUCGCCGCUGCAUCUCCCGUGGCUUUGGCCCCCGCAUUGACGUCCCGGCCUUCCGUAGCUCCGUCGCCAGGCCCUGGCACUCCCGGUACCAUCACUUCGAAAGAAUGGGUGAUUCCACCUCGCCCCAAGCCUGGUCGCAAGCCGGCGACCGACACACCACCGACCAAGCGCAAGGCCCAGAAUCGAGCAGCCCAGCGGGCGUUCCGAGAGCGUCGGGCCGCGCGAGUCCAGGAACUCGAGGAGCAGAUCAAAGAGAUCGAAGACGGCCAUGAAGUCCGCAUCGCCGCCUUCACCGAGCAGAUCAGCAACCUGUCAAGGGAGGCCGAGCAGGCCCGCGAGGAGGUGAAUUGGUGGCGCGACCGAUGCCACUCCCUAGAGAAGGAGGUCUCGAUCGAACGCAGUGCAAAGGAGGCUCUGGUCAAAGAAUUCCGGUCCUCUCUUUCUGGCUCCAGCACCUACAAACCGUCUGCCAUUCCAGACUCCGUGCCUCUUCCACCUCGCACUCGCCCAUCAACCCGAAGCUCCCAGAUGGAAGAUGUUAUCCUGACUAGCGCCGACCGGAACAAGGAAGACGGACAGGAGAACGUGCCUUUGGGGUGCAACGACUGCUCUUCUGCGCACUGCCAGUGCAUCGAGGAUGCCUUUGGAAUGCCAAUUGAUACCCACGAGUCCUCUCGGCCUAGACAUCCUCCUCACGGUGUGGGCAGCCCCGUUCCUGAGAACUCGGAACCGGAGAUCAAGCCUGACCCGGAGGAGAUGGAGAUUGAUUUUACUGCCCGAUUCGCCGGCGUCCCGGCGCAAUCCAGCUCGCACAACAACACCGUCUCUUCCCCACCCGUCGACCCCUGCGGCUUCUGCCAGGACGGCACACCCUGCAUCUGCGCCGAGAUGGCUGCCCAGGAGCAGCAGCGCGGCCGGCGCAACUCAUUCGAGAAUAACCGCCUUGCCCCCAUCCAGUCCCUCUCACAGUUCACCCCUCCCCCUUCCGACGGUGACGUCCGCUCCGAAGUCACUCUCCCACCAAUCAGCCAAGCGACCAACCCCUGUGCCAAUGGGCCUGCCUCCCGGUCGGCGAGCGGAACUCCAUCAGGAGGAGGAUGCUGCGGCGGCAAGGGAGCAGACGGCGGAUGCUGCAUGUCGCGAAAGGCCCCCACCACCCCGGCCGCGCGCAACAAUCCCUCCGUGCCUGCGCAACCUGCCGCACCCAAUGCCUCUACACCCAAUGCGCUCACUUUGAGCUGCGCCGACGCAUUCACCACGCUGUCGCGGCACCCGAACUUCUCCCAAGCCAGCGACGAGAUCUCCUCUUGGCUGCCGAAGCUGCACACCCUCCCCAACCCGCAGGAACUGGCUCAAGCCGAGAGCCGCGGCGGCCGGGCUGCCAUGGAAGUCGAAGCAGCCAGCGUCAUGGGCGUGCUGCGCUACUUCGACCGGCGCUUCGCCGAGAAAUAG